UCGAGACCCCUCCCCUCCCUAAAACCCUAGCAACUACUAGGGUUUCUCUCUCUCUCCUCCCCCCCUACACAGCCGCCGCUGCACCCGCCGCCGCCGCCGCCACACCACCGAUGGGGAAGGCGAGCAAGAAGUCCGUGGCCGUGGCCGUCGCGCCCGCUGCUGUGCCGGCCAAGGGGAAGGGCGGCAAGAAGCGGGAGGCGGAGGACGAGAUCGAGAAGGCGGUGAGCGCCAAGAAGCAGAAGGCCGCGGCGGCGCCGCCGGCCAAGGCCGUCCCCGCGCCCAAGGCGGACGCCAAGAAGGCCAAGAAGCAGCCGCCGCCCAAGAAGGCCGCGAGCAGCAGCAGCGGCAGCAGCUCUGAGGAGGACUCGUCGGAGUCCGAGGAGGAGGUCAAGGUCCAGGUGAAGAAGACUACUAAGCCUGUCAAGCAGGAGUCUUCUUCUGAUGAGAGCAGCGAUGAGAGCUCUGAUGAUGAGGAUGCUAAGCCUGCGGAUCCGGUUGCUAAUAAUGGUCUUAAGAAAGGCAAGCCAGCGAGCAGCGAUUCUGAGAGUGAUUCAGACGAUGAAAUGGAUGAGGACGAGAAACCUGCUGCUCCAGUGAAAAAAACUUCUGUGACUGCACAAAAGAAAAAAGAUGAUUCUGACAGCUCUGAGAGUGAGUCAGAUGAGAGUGAUUCGGACGAGGAUGUGCCUACAAAGUCUAAAGCCCCUGCUGUAGCUGCCAAGAAUGAUGAUUCUACUGAUGGUUCCGAGUCCGAAAGUGACUCUGAGGAUGAGGAUGCUGCACCCAAGGGUGCUGCCAAGAAGGAAAGCAGCAGUGAUGAAGAGGAUGACAGUUCUGAGGAAAGCUCUGAUGAUGAACCUAAACAACCUCAACAAAAAAAGCAGGCCCAAGAGGAAUCCUCUGAAGAGUCUUCUGAAGAAGAUAGUGAUGAAGAGGAUGAAAAAUUGGCCAAAACUCCUAAGAAGAAAACGCCUGCUGCCACCAAAUCACAAAAUGAUGAACCUAAAACUCCUGCGAGUAACCAAAGUCAGGGAACUGAGUCAGCAACCCUUUUUAUGGGCAACCUUUCUUUCAAUUUAAAUCAGGACCAAGUGAAGGAAUUUUUCCAGGAAGUUGGUGAGGUUAUCAGUGUUCGUUUGGCUACACAUGAAGAUGGCUCCUCCAGGGGCUUUGGCCAUGUUCAAUUUGCUUCAUCUGAAGAAGCUAAGAAGGCGCUUGAAUUGCAUGGCUGUGAUCUGGAUGGUCGUCCAGUGAGACUUGACUUGGCUCAUGAAAGAGGUGCAUACACCCCUCACAGCAGGAAUGAUACUGGAUCAUUCCAGAAACAAAACAGAGGUUCCAGCCAGUCUAUAUUUGUCAAGGGUUUUGAUUCAUCUCUUGAGGAGAGCAAGAUCCGAGAAUCUCUUGAAGGACAUUUUGCUGAUUGCGGAGAGAUCACACGAGUCUCAGUUCCCAUGGAUCGUGAAACUGGUGCAAGCAAAGGGAUAGCAUACAUAGAUUUUAAGGAUCAGGCUUCCUUCUCGAAGGCACUUGAACUAAGUGGGUCUGACCUUGGUGGCUACAACCUGUAUGUUGAUGAAGCCAAGCCUAAAGGAGAUAGCCGAGAUGGUGGUGGGAGAAGAGGUGGCCGAUCUGGUGACAGAUUUGGCGGCCGAUCUGGUGACAGGUUUGGCGGCCGAUCUGGUGGUAGGUUUGGAGGUAGAGAUGGUGGCAGAAGAGGUGGACGUGGUGGCAGAGAUGGUGGCAGAAGAGGCGGACGUGGCGGUUUUCAGAGCAGGCAGAGUGCUGGUACAGCUAGUACAGGAAAGAAGACAACUUUUGGAGAUGAGUAAUGGAGCUUGAUCUUGCACAGCUACAUGCCUACAUCUUAUGCAGCUGUCAAAAGGACUGCCUACCUGCAACUGUAGUGAAAUGCGAUGAGUUCUACUCCCAUGGUUUACUCUAUAUUGCCGCCGAAUGGCUGUACCAGUGAACAAGUUACUGUGCUGGUAUUUUUGUCUGCAGUUUUGGUGUGUUUCCGGUGAUUGUACUGGACAUCUAGCGAUUAGUGUAAUGCAAGGAUUUCCUAUUACAUUGUUAUACAUCAAGUAUUUGCUUCCUCCGGUUUUGGUUUCA